UGACACCAUCAACGACUCAAAAUCUGCGGUUUUGUAUUGUGUCCGCAGAGUUUGUUGAUGAUUGGGGCGCUCAUUAGUUGUUUUGCAUCCUCAUAGAAUGCCAGGUCGCAUGCGAAAAGUUUAUAAGACUAAACAAUCUUUUCGCAGCGGCGGAUCCGGCGGUGUCGCCUACUCAGACGUAACAGUCUAUGAUUAUGCACAUGUUGAUAAACCAGUGGCCGGUUGUGUGAGACUGAAGAAAGGAGCAACAGUAAUCUCUCAGUCACAAGCUAAAAUGCUGGCAAUCCCACAGAAUGCAGAAGGUGAUCUGGACUGGUUUGAGAAAGACUUGGAUGAUUUUGAAAUAGCUGAGGUUGACAAAGGCUUGGAGGAAAAUGGUACAGCUGACCAGUCUGGGCUGGAAUUGACAGGUAACAUAAAAACAGUGAAGACAUCCAAGUGUUCUACACAGAAGGCUGGCAAUGUGUACCCUCUGGACAUCUGGUAUAUACUAUCUAACUACAUCCAGCCAGAAGAAAUAAGCACGUUUGCACGACUCUGUCACUCAGCGUAUACUGUUGUACAUAGUGCUCAUUUCUGGAGGCAGCUUUACCACAGAUUUUUUAGAGUGGAUAUUUCUCUUCCGGAAGCCCUGGGUCCUGCCUGUGUUGAGCGGUGUCAGGGACUGAGAGCAAGGGUCAUCCAAGCUCUGUACUACCUCUACCCUCCCUUUGUGAGCACAUGUAAACUCUCCAGGGUCUUCCACGAUGAGCCCCAUCAGCUAGAGGGCAAACGGUGCGAGCGGUGCUGGUACCACCACGUCUCUGACAAUGUCUGGAGGUUUAACUUUCAGCUGAGAACAGAAGGGCUGGGUAAGAGACGUCUGUGUUACAGCAACAAUGGGUGCGUGGACUUGAUGAACGGGUACGAUGAUGUGUUCUACAACCCUCUAGAGGGUUGCUGUGUCCUGCAGGUGUCCUGUCAGAACUUUAUGACUCACCCCAUGGUCAUGGGACUCAUUCUGACGAAGGUGUACCUUAAUGUGAGUCAGGAUAUGAAGCACCAUAAGCUGAGGCUUGUAUUUGACUCACAGAUAAAUGCUGCACAGAAAGGGACUCUGAUUACACAGCUUGUCUUAGACCCUGUGCUGAAUGUACGUGUAUUCCAUUGGUGGGAUCCACAGUACCACCUAGUCAAGUGAGAACAAUUCCUUCCAGGAUAUAAUCAUAUUGAAUGAAGUAGAUUUUAUCCUGCCAUGGGAGUCGGUACUCCGGUUUUCAUUGGACUAGGCCACAUUCUGAUGAAGAAGUUAUCUCCCUUUGUUCUCCUUUUGCGGAAGCGAUUUGCUGAAAUGUCAGCCUUCUGAUAUUUCAGGUAGAUUCAUUACACCAUUACUUAGUGACAAAAUAUGAAAAUAUUUGUUGUCAUAAAUCCCUCAUAAUAGAGUUACUAAUACCAUAUAUUUCACAUCUAGCUAAU